AGUGGAAGACGCGGUGUUUGAAGAUUCUUUGAUUGGCUAUUUUAAGCAGGGAAGUUUGCCGGCGUGGUAGGCUGGUAGGCAGUCUCACGCACAUUGGUGUCCCCGUACGCUCCGGUUUAGCCUUCCCGCUUCUGCGCAGCUCGACCCGGCCAAAGCUAUCCAGCCUGCCCCCUGUGUCUAUUUGCCCCUUGUGAGCAGCAUGUCUGAUUACGGCGGUUUGCCGACUAACGGAGUCGGCGCUGGGAUGAAAAAAGACGCUUUUGCUGAUGCAGUACAACGAGCCAGACAGAUUGCAGCUAAAAUUGGUGGAGACGGUGUUCCCUCAGUGAGCAACAACGGAGGAGCUGAGAACUAUCCAUUCACAGCACAGAAACGUUCCUUGGAAGAAGCAGAUGAACCCGAUGCCAAGAAGGUAGCAUCACAGAGUGAAAUUGAUUCUGCAUUGUCCAUUGGAGCUCAGCUGGCUGCCCUGUCCCAACAAAGUGUCAGGCCCUCCACAAUGACAGAAGAGUUCAGGGUUCCUGAUGGCAUGGUCGGUCUCAUCAUCGGCCGAGGGGGUGAACAGAUUAACAAAAUACAGCAAGAUUCUGGCUGCAAGGUCCAGAUUGCGCACGACAGCGCUGGUCUUCCAGAUAGAAGUGUCUCUCUGACAGGGUCACCAGACGCCAUACAGAGAGCCAAAGCACUUAUAGAUGACAUAGUGUCAAGGGGUCAUGAAACGACCAAUGGGCAGUCAGGUGGUUCCAUGCAGGAGAUGAUCAUCCCUGCAGGCAAGGCCGGCCUUAUUAUAGGUAAAGGAGGAGAAACCAUCAAACAGCUUCAGGAGCGGGCUGGAGUUAAAAUGAUUCUUAUUCAAGAUGGAUCCCAGCCACCCAACAUAGAUAAACCCCUACGCAUCAUUGGAGACCCCUACAAAGUUCAGCAAGCAAAGGAGAUGGUUAAUGAGAUUCUACGAGAAAGGGAUCACGCAGGUUAUGGAGACAGGAAUGAAUACGGCUCAAGAAUGGGAGGUGGUGGCGGUGGUGGUGGUGGAGGUGGCGGCAUCGACAUAGCUGUGCCACGCCACUCUGUGGGAGUUGUAAUUGGCCGAUGUGGGGAGAUGAUAAAGAAGAUCCAGAGUGAUGCUGGAGUGAAGAUACAGUUUAAACCAGAUGAUGGUACAGGUCCUGAUAAAAUAGCCCAUAUUAUGGGUCCACCAGACCAGUGUCAGCAUGCUGCAUCAAUCAUCACUGACCUGCUACAGAGCAUCCGUGCACGAGAGGAGGGCGGGCAGGGGGGCCCCCCAGGUCCUGGUUCAGGGAUGCCACCUGGUGGGCGUGGGCGAGGCAGAGGCCAGGGGAACUGGGGUCCUCCGGGAGGAGAGAUGGCCUUCUCCAUUCCUGCACACAAAUGUGGGCUUGUCAUUGGCAGAGGAGGAGAGAACGUUAAAGCGAUCAACCAACAGAGUGGUGCGUUUGUGGAGAUCUCUCGUCAGCCACCACCAAACGGUGACCCUAAUUUCAAAAUGUUCAUCAUCCGAGGUUCCCCACAACAGAUUGACCAUGCAAAGCAGCUUAUAGAGGAGAAGAUUGAGGCUCCACUGUGUCCAGUGGGAAGUGGUCCCGGUCCAGGAGGCCCAGGUGGACCCAUGGGUCCCUAUAAUCCCAAUCCUUAUAAUGCAGGGCCUCCUGGGGGUGCACCCCAUGGCGCAGCACCUGGUGGUCCCCAGUACUGUCCUCAGGGUUGGGGGGGGAAUACCUACCAGCAGUGGCAAGCUCCAGGUCCACAUGACCCCAACAAGGCAGCAGCAGAUCCAAACGCAGCGUGGGCAGCAUACUAUGCACAGUAUUACGGCCAACAGCCAGGGGGUGCUAUGGGAGCACAGGCUCCAGGAGCCCCUGCAGCGGCACCGGCACCAGGGGACCAGGGUCAAGCACCACAGGCCUCCGGGGGCCAGCCAGACUACACAAAAGCAUGGGAGGAGUACUACAAGAAGAUGGGCAUGACCCAGCCAGCUGGAGGGGCAGCACCUGCUCCAGGCACAGCAGUAGCUGCCCCAGCGGCAGCAGCGGGAGGAGCUGCAGCUGGUGGCCAGCAGGACUACAGUGCAGCCUGGGCUGAGUACUACAGACAGCAGGCGGCCUACUAUGGACAGCCAGGGCAGCCUGGACAGCCAGCUGCUCCUCAGCAGGGACAACAGGCCCAGUAAACGAUUGGCUCGGUCUGUUGGAAGGUUGCGAUGGCUCUCUGGACUUGUUUAUUUUUUUUCUAUCGAGAUUUCCUUUUGGCUUUAACAAGACAAGAUCAUGGUUUACUCAUCCACCCAGACAUUUUCUAUUACAACGUUCUUGCUUGUUUUUUAAGUCAUAAUUUAAAAAGGGAACACAUUUCACCCAUGUAUUGAACAAAGCACUAAAUCGCUACUUGGAUUACUAUCAUUUUUGCCCCUUCACCUCACCCACCCCUUGUAAUAUUUUUGCUCAUUUUUAAAAAGAAAUGUGAAUUAAUAAGCAUCUUUGUUUGCAAGCUAGCACAACAGUAUCUCAACACUGUCUCACAUUUAAGUAGUUUUCCCCCUUCAAUUUCUUGAGGGUAAAAACGGUCUAGCAGUAUUUUGAAUAUAUUCAGAAAUUAUUGUUUGUAAGAAAAAAAUGCAACAAUUUUUGGUCCUUUUUGUCUUUUUUUCCCCUCCUAUUGUUCUUGGUACUUUUUAAACUUUUUUUUUUUUUUUAAGAAAACAUUCCCAGUGUUAAGUUGCAGGUGUAUUCUCCCUGCUAUCAUGAUUUCUUAUUUUUAAUUUUAUUCAUUGUAAUUAUUUUUCUUCAGGGGGUUGUGUGCCUGUAUACAGUGUAUGCUACUGAACAGAAAAAUGUGUGUAAGUGGGCUGUAAUGAGGCACAAACUGUCCUCCAGAGUGUAGGGUGGUUGUGUGCAGCAUGUAUGUGAUGGUGUGCUUGACUGCCCUCUGUUUAAUUUCUAUCUUUGUUUUUUUUUUCUUUUUUGUUCCAAUAGGUUCCGUUACUGUAUGCUGAUUUUUUUAGAUGUUAUUUUUUACAGCUUGUUUUUAAAUACUUAAAAUAAAACAUCCAAUUACCA